UUAUAUUUGUGCUUCCUACGCCACCACGACCCAUCAUGGCACCUUCAGAGACCGCCAUUCUGAGCAAUUUUCUCUUGGCCCCAGCUCCUCUGCCAACAAUCAUGUCAUUGCAGCAUUUUACUGAGCUCUUUCCAAAGAGGCUGCGUUCUCAUCCCCACAUCCGGGUUCUCUAUCGUGAGCUGCAAGAGAUCCGCGAGCAAGAUAUGGACCUGGUCAACGAAAAUAUCGACAAGGAAACAGUCCAAGGUGACCGCCAGAAGGCAGAGCUCCGUAAAUCCUUGAUGAAGACAGGCAUUGAUGGCAUGAGCGCGUCUGACCAGCGUGAGAUGGACAUGGAUGUUGAAUUGUUCGGGCAGACGAACUCGAUGUCCGAUUAUCAUUCGGUGCCCAGUCUGCUCGACGCUAUGCAGGCGGCGUGCUCUAACGUUGAACGGGAAGUAGCUGAAGUCGACAGGGAGGCGAGCUCGCUCUUGUCCAAUCUCAAUGAUCUGGUCGGUGAUCUGAGUGACCUGCGGUAUGGCAAGAUGCAAGGCCCUGCGGGCACGACAGGCGACGAGGUUGUCAAUGAGGCCAUAAGGGGUCUCCAAAAUCUCGAAAAUGCAACAAUCUCUCGUCAAGUCUCUCGAUCCCGACAACCUCACCCCUCCACAAUGCCAUCCAUCACCCUCCACCCGCGCGCGUCGCGAUCGCCCUCACGCGUCCCCAACCCUCUCCCCCAACUCCUCCAGACGCCCUCUGGCCUUGCCCUCCUAGAGCUCCAGGGAACAAUCAACAUCCCAUCCCAAGACGAAGCCACCACCUCUUCAGCCGAAGCACCCGACGCAUCCGUGUUCGAGACCCCGAUCGGCAAGCUCAUGUUCCCCGAUUACUCACCGCAGGAUCCCGCAGACGACACAGCAUGGAUGAAGCGGGUCUAUCUGUACGUCGGACGCUACCAACGCAUCACAGGCGAGGUGAAGAAGCUGCCGAAGCCACUUGCCAUCGUGCAGCGCAGAGCAAAGCCGGCGGGUUCAGCCGGGGACGACGCCGACGAAUUGGAGGUGGUUGAAGUGGUGCGCUACAAAAUUUACUUCAAAAGUCGACCGGAGCCUGUCAAUGACAUCUGAGGGCUGGAGCUCUUGGAAGGGAACGGCUGGCAUAUGAUCGAGGGCCAUUUCUUGGUUCUACGGAUAUCUGCCUUGGUAGGAGCUUGUAAUGGAGAUGUCAGCGGCUGAACCUAGUUGCUUGUCGUUCAAAACUUGAGAGGAAGACGGUUGAAACCUGGCACAACGCGUGCCAGUAACACGUCCAGAGAAACCAUAUUCUUUGCUCGUCAAGGCGAGAUCAGAGCCCAUCUGGCUCCCACGGACCCAGAGCUUAGCAAGCGGUCAGAGAUAUAAGAAGGGGUGAUGUAGGAAAAGUUUGGACUGGCUCGCACG